AUGGACCCAAAGUCGAUAGCUUCCAAUACAGCAUCACUCCUUGCAUUGAGCAUUCAAGUGAUUGCUGCGCUGCAUCGCCACUGGGACCGGGAUAGUACACCCAUCGUCGACCGCCUAUUGUAUGAGCUUGCUCGCCUUCGCACGACGCUAACAUAUUUGGAGGAAUCGUCGCUGCGGAGCAAUAUCCCGAUUGUUGUUGGCGACCUGCCCCGAGUAUUCAGGGCUUUGAAGAAUGUCUUGGUUGCCCUGGGAUCCAAGCUAUUUGGUGAUGACGAGUAUGGGACGGAGUGGCAAUCCUCCAUGAGCGACCUGGAGCCCUUUGCAUUGCCACUCAGCAAACAAGAAGCCGAAGCCAUCUUUAAUGAUUUUCAGGUUCACAUAGCACGCCUCAGGGCAUCGUACCCCAGUUCGCUGGCAAGUAUUCCGGAUGAGUCGAUCAGCCGCAUGCCUUCCGGAGGUCUUAACCGAUCGCCGCUUUGGAACGCUUGUGCUGAAUACAACGAAAUACAUGCUGCUUCACAGAGCAGCCGCGUCCAAGGGUCUGGUGUAUGGCUACUUAGCGAUUCCAGAUUCCGCAACUGGAUGGAGAGUGACAGAAUCGACAUGAGCCGACAUGAAAACGUUAUCUACUGUUUCGGACGACCUGGUUCUGGAAAAACUAUUCUUGCCUCUGCAGUCAUUGAUGAACUGAAGAGCUUGCGCCACCAUUCUUCCUUGGGUUUGGCUUAUUUCUAUUUGAGCUACCGGAAUCCGACUUCUGUUUUCAGUAUUGUGCUCACACUGAUUCAGCAGCUGUAUAUCCAGUCACCUACUUUGCCGACAGAGGUUCUAGCACUAGAACAUCGUGAUAUGCCUUCGGUUACGGAACUUACGGGCGUGCUACUAUCUCUCUUUGCGAGGUUCCGCAAAGCCUUCAUUGUAUUGGAUGCUCUUGAUGAGUGCUCUAGCGAGCAUAGGUUAGGUCUGGACGCCUUUCUCGGAUCUCUUCAAUCUUCCCAUGCUCGUCUAUUUGUGACCUCUCGCCCAUCUCAUGGUCUACGUGACUUUGAUCAAUGCGUCAAUAUCCACAUCACUCCCUCGUCGGCAGACAUGAGUCUCUUUGUUCGCUCGAGGCUCAGUAAGCUCUCGGAACGAAUAACCACCUUCAGCAGGGCGCAGGAGUCCAAAAUAGAGGAAGAACUUGUGGCCAUAGGAAGCAAACAUGGAAUGUUCCUGCUUGUUGAACUACAGCUCAACAGCAUAUUCAAGUUAUCUGAGAAUGGGUUGCCAGAGGGCUUCAACAUUGACGACAGUCUUCGCAAUCUUGCCGAAGAUCUUGGCCAAGUGUAUGAUGCGCAAAUCAAUCGAAUCAUGUCGCAGUGUACGGCCGACUCCAAUCUAGCGAAGCACAUUCUAAGCUGGCUAUUUUACAGUACGGGUUCAAUGCCAGCAUCCGCACUGGAGCACGUACUCAAAAUGGAAACCAAAGACUGGCAAGAGAAACCCACUGACUCUAUUGACAUUCCUCGCAUUGGAAAGGUUUGCUUAGAUCUCGUCCGUUACAGCUCUAGCACCAAGUCGGUUGUCUUUUUCCACUUCUCCUUGCAAGAACACCUUGAGAAGGCGUACAAGUUGAAUCCAGGGCUGCUCAUACCGUCUAGCGUGCUUGCGGCGGCCUGCAUUAAAUAUCUCAAUGGUCUAGACUUGGCACCUCCGGCGCUCACGUCUGAAAAAUAUCGCCAGAGGCUCCAUGAAUACCCAUUCUAUGAGUACGCCGCAACCAAUUGGGGGCGGCUUCUGAUGUUUGACAGAAAGGUUGACUUUGAAGACCCAGCGCUAAAAUUACUGGUGACAGACGAAAGAAGGAGGCUUGCUGUAGUGGAAGCGCUAUUCUGUGAGGAUGCAGAGUUCUUCCGGGAUUCACAGAAAAAGCGAGUCGGAAUGCUGCACUUUAUUACCUAUUUCGGGCUGUUACAACGGGCUUCAGGUCCUCCCAGAUAUCUCGCCAAGGGAAACAUAAGCAGCCGAGAUUUCAUGGGCCGAACGCCAAUUCAUAUCGCCACCAUGAUGGGUCACGCGGUAGCUCUCGAGGUCCUUUUCGCUUUACCAGAAUUGAAGGGUCGUGAUCGCAUUCAUGAAGCCAUCACAUCAGCCGACACCCUACGAAAAACUGUUUGGCAUUAUGCUGCUGAAGGAGGCGAUAUAGAUGUAGUGAGAGUCCUCGAGAAGAAGCUGCUUUUCCUGGACAAAUGGGCUAAGCCUGCUGAUUUUGCGACGAGGGACGACAAAAGCUUGACACCUCUAUCAUAUGCGGCGGCUCAUGGUCACUUGGAAGUUCUUCAACUCUUCCUACAACACGGACUCUACGAUGACGAGAUAGAAGACGCUCUUCAGAAUGCUAUCCAUGGUAGACACACAGAAAUAGUCAGAGCCUUGCUACUGCAUGGGGUAGCACCAAAAUAUGAACAUGUAGCCGCAGCGAGUGAGAUAGGCAGCAUGGACGUUAUCAAGCUUCUUCUGGAAUAUGGAGCGGAGAUUGAGGGUCAAGGGAGCGGAUCCGGGUCCGCCCUUCAUAAAGCUGCCCGGGCUGAUAGAGGAGUGGUACUAUCAAAUUUGAUAUGGAACGGCGCAAGCCUAGAGGCAACUGAUUCAAAGGAGAGGACUCCAUUGUCAAUUGCCGUCGAACACGCUAGUCUUGAGGCAAUCAAGGCUCUGUUGGAGGCAGGGUCUAGUCCAGAUGUCCAUGUACUCAAACACACAAGCGACAACAAAACAAUCAGCGUGAAAGCAGCGGUUUGGGCAGCGGAGCACGGGAGGGCCGAUAUCUUCAACCUUCUUCGGCGAGCUGGAGCCGAGUGCUCUGAGGCACUUUUCCCAGCAAUCGAGAGCGGUCACACCGAUAUUGUUCGCCAGCUCCUUAUCUCUGGAACUAUAUCCGAGCUAGACGAACCAAAAAGAGCCCAGGCAGUGUCACUUGCCAUCGAAAAAGGGAAUAUUGAAGUGGCCGGCCUUCUUGAGAGCUGGGAGACUCGAAAGUCUGGCCAAGUACAAAGCAAACGGUUGCUGAAAGAAAAGGCUCCAUUAUACGAGAAUAUCGACACAGACUUUCAUAAUUCCACACAAAGAUCCAGAUCAAAUAUCCGUUUCACCGAAGCGGUUGAGUCUAUCAACAACCAAGAUGACUCCCCCCCAUCUCAAAAAGCACCCGCGCUCUCAAAAUCUCCAAGCUCCCAGUCAACAGAAACUGAGAAAGUCAUAGACAAAAACCUAUUGUCAGAAGCGGUUCUAGCAACUACACCGAUAGUGUCCAACUACAAGGCUGAUGAGGCGUCCAGUGACACUGGGGUUGAGCAGCAUCCUCACAGCCCACGCGAUAUGUCUAGGCCGCAACUUCGAAUCUCAUCCAUGGCGACACCAGCUGGAAGCAAAAGAUCCAAGACGCCAUUUAUUCUCAUAGAAUCUCCAGUUAGCAUAGGUCGCAUCCAGCUUGGUACUCUCGUACGAAAUCCGAACAGUCCCUUGCAGGAUUUUGUUCCAUCUAAUCAACAAGCCGAUCUCCGAUUGCUGAUACCAGAAGAUGCUAUCCACGAGCUGCAUCAAAGCGACUUUCAAAUGCGGAGAGAGAAAAAGAAGCAGUCGUCUGUCGGGAUGUUUCUCGGCUUUGGGGGCGCGGAGGCGAAUGCUGAAACAGAAUCUCAAAUGGCAAUGAAAUCACCACAUGUAUGGCGAGAGCAACUUGUUCAUCACGACCGGAUACUUCACCACAUCCUGGCCGAACCCCGGUAUCGGCAAGAGUAUGUCCAUUUUAUUCGAAAGAGGGAGGCCUAUAUGGUAGUGGGUCUCUUUAUCAUGGAUGACUCCGAGGUUACUCAAGGCGACAGGAUUGGCAGCGCCUUGGAAACGCAGCCUUUCGUCCCAGUGCCAAUUAUAGAAGCCAAUUUGGCGGGGUUUACGACCAAAAAGUCUAGCAUGGUCACCGCACGGUACAAAAAGGGACUCAUCCAUGCAAUACAAUAUCGGAAAGUCCGAUUGAAAACUUCAUAUCUAUCUAGGUUCCGGCCGGAACACAAACGAGACAUACAGGUAGAAAUGGGGCCCUAUGUGACUGGACCAGACUAUGUCACCGUGUUUUGA